AUGGUUUAUUAUUACGAUUUAACAACUCCAGCUAACAAUACUGGAUCCAGCCCUGGGAACGCAGCGCUCAAAGAAAAACACAUGGAUUCUUUUUCCACAUCGUCACCUAACUUAACCCCCACAUCCAAAAGCUUCUACCACGCAAUUCUCCACAAGUUGCUUCAAGGUAUUGACCAAUGCCCAGAUGCAGGACUCCCUGCAGCACGACUCCUCCGGCUGCGUGAGCGACAGCUGCAUGGCUCCCUCGUUGUCAAUAACUCAGGAAACAGGGCUAAUUGGACAAAGGCCAACGGGCGGAUGGAGGUAGAUUGA